AUGGUGGCUUAUGAGAGCGCUAGACAGAAGUUAGAAGAACUGGAGUUGAUCGAAAAUGCCAUUAGCGCCCGAUUCAAGCGAAACCCCGAACUUUUUUAUAGAAAUGUCGAUCAGUGGAAAGCGAUGAGCAUGGAAUGGAUAUUUCCGGAAGAAUCCCCAGUGAGCAAGACUGAGAAUAAGCUAUACACCGUUAAGAAGCCCAAACGAAGCAGGAAGCAAAUGGCAGCUCAGGAGCACGAAAUUGCGCUGUUUUUGGAAACAUAUCGAAAGAACUGUGAUCAAUUGGUAAAUUUGGAAUUUGAAGAUGCCAGUAAAUACAGAGUCUCUGAGGGUUCUAUUGACGAAUUCUUGCGUGAAGUUGAGAGCAUUGGAGAUGAGGCUGAUGAAGCUGGCGAUAUUUACGCGAUGUUCUCGAACUCGACUUCGUCGUCGAAAGACGUCCUGUCAAGAAAAGCGCAAGAUCUGGACGUGAACGCCUUGUUCUCCAGAGAUGAACAGUACGGGGAGGUUUUGGAUUUGACCCCGUUUCACCAGCAGUGGCUAGGUGUGGUCAAGAGCGGUGAUGUCACUUUCUUGCAGUUUCUAUCGCAGAUCGAAAAGUUUCGAACCAAAGAGUUUUUGACGCAUCCCGGGUCUAAUCGUAACAGUGGAGCUUACAGACACUUUAUUUCAACGCUUUGUGACUAUGUCGAUGGGUUCUCCAGACGUGCAUACCCGGUCUUGGACUGGAGAAGCGUGGACGCAAAGGUUGACGCAGAGUUUCGAACCUAUUUAGCUGAACCGCUAAUUGACGAUCAUUCGAAAUCGUUCUACUGCAUUCCGUGUGAUAAGCACUUCAAGGCUCACACCGUGUACUCUGCGCAUCUCACAGGCAAGAAACAUCUGGGAAAUCUGCGCAAAAACGAACAAUUUUUGGCCAAAGAGCAUAAACUGCACAAAGCCUGCGAAUUCCUGGCACAAGAACUUUCACGCACGCGAGAAUUUGUCGAGCGGAAACUAGGUUUCACAUCUGAGGAGCGUCAAGCGGAGCUCGAACGGAUUACAGCUAAUUACGAGGCUCCAGUCUACAAUGCAUCUGAACCUGAAGAGCAUGUCGCAGAUGUGACCGUUGCAGAAACGCAGAGUAAUCUGGACAGUGCUCCAGAUCUGCCUUUGGGGCCUGAUGGGUUUCCGAUUCCUCAUUGGCUCUACAAGUUGCAGGGACUGGACAUCGAGUAUCGGUGCGAACUAUGCGGAAACCACGCCUACAAAGGACGCCGCCAAUUCGACAAGCAUUUCGCAGAGCCUCUUCAUACUUCAGGUCUUCGCAAGCUGGGUGUAGAGCCCUCUACUACGUUCCAGGGCCUUACGACAAUUGCAGAUGUGCAGAAAUUGGCUUCAAACUUACAAACGCGAGGAUCUGGUGUGGUGGCUCGUUCGGGAGCAAACAAGAUGGACAUAGAGGUGGAGGACCAGCACGGAAAUGUUAUGACACAGCGCAUGUACGAUGAGUUGGACAAACAAGGUCUGUUGUAG